AUGGAUAAUGAUAGUUAUGUGAGUAAAGAUAUUAAUAUAUCAUUGGAAGAUGAAGAUAAAAAAGAUGAAGGAAACAUAACUGGUCAAGAAAAAAUAGAAGCGAUUCAUUCUAAAAUUUUGGAUGAAAUGAUACCAAAAGUUGGAAUAGAAUUUAAAAGUGAAGAUGAAGCUUAUAACUUUUAUAAUGCUUAUGCUUACAAGGUUGGUUUUGGCAUUCAAAGGAGUAAGGGACAUAAAGAUCAAAGUGGAAAGAUGAAAAAUAGAACUUUUUGUUGUUGUUGUGAAGGCUUUCGGGAAAAGGAUAAACGAAAUAUUAAUGUUAAAUCUCAUCGUGCUGAAACAAGAUUUGGUUGUUUAGCUAGAAUGAAAAUAAAUUUGGAUCAGACUGGUAAAUAUCGUAUUACUGAUUUCAUUGCCCAAUAUACACAUGUGACAUCAACUCCCAAUAAAAGUUAUUUGCAUAGGUCUCAGAGGAAGUUAACUUUUGUCCAAGCAGCUGAAAUAGAUAUAGCUAAUAGUUCAGGAAUUGCUCCUAAAGCAAGUUUGGAGUUAAUGGCUAAGCGAGUAGGUGGAUAUGAAAAUCUUGGAUUUAUUCGUGAUGAUUACAAGAAUUACUUGAAAAUGAAAAGAAUAAUUCAAAUGAAGGUAGGAGAGAUAGGUGGUGUUUUGGAAUACUUACAAUCUAUGCAAUUGGAAGAUCCUUACUUUUUUUUUUAUGCAAUACAAGUGGAUCAAGAUGAUUUGAUAAGUAAUAUUUUUUGGGCAGAUGCAAAAAUGAUGAUUGCGUACUCUCAUUUUGGUGAUGUAGUUAGCUUUGAUACAACUUAUAGGAAAAAUCAAAGUGGUCGACCUUUUGCUAUGUUUCUAGGGGUGAAUCACCAUAAGCAAACUACUAUAUUUGGAGCUGCAUUAUUAUAUGAUGAAAGUGCUGAAACAUUUAUCUGGUUGUUUGAUACUUUUGUAAAAGCAACGUCAGGUAAAAAAUCAAAAACUAUUCUUACUGACCAAGAUCCAGCAAUGGAAAAAGCAUUAACUUCUCAAUGGCCAGAAACAUGUCAUCGGUUGUGUAUAUGGCACUUGUAUCAAAAUGCAGCAAAACAUCUUAGUGGAGUUUUUGCCAAAUUUUGA